AUGCAUCUACUCAUCACAAGACCACCAUCGCUGCUGCUUCUGCCACUUCUGCCUCCCACCAGCCCCCAUCCAAGAACAACAAGAGUAAACUAUGGACUGAUGAACAGCAAAAGAACACACAAGGUGAAGGCUCAAAACUUCAAGGAUUGGAUCUGGCAAAAAGUGCUGGUAGCAGUCAACAAGAUGCACCCUGUAGGAGAUCCAAAACAUUGUCAUCUCAUUAGCUGCAUUGAUAAGUAUGCUACUCUGAAACUUAAUUGGAGGGUGUGGAAGGGACUUCAAUACCUCUUGGGUAUCCCCCUUGAUGAGGCAACUGGUUUCAGCAUGAGUGUCAGCUCCGCUGCACUCAAGAACCUCAAGGAGGACCAGCCAACUGAUUGCCAUAUCUAUCUACCAGGGAAAUUCCACUUCACCACCGACACCACCUCUUCUACAACUGCCGCCAACACUCCUCACACCACUGUUUCUCCUCAUGUCACUACUUCCAACACCAAUGCUACUGGUACCUUGGUGACCACUGCCUUCAAUAUGUCUGAUUUGACCUCUGUUCCACCCAUGAAUUAUCAGUGCACUUCCGGCCCUGCAUUGCAGAUUGCUGACCCCAAUAUGAUUCCUCCCUCUGCCCCAUCCUCCUUUGCAAACACACCCAGUGCUGCUGACACAAGUAGCAAUAUCCAUAAGCUUAAGGAGAAGAUCAUGCCUCUCAUCAAUGUCAUUACAGCAUCAUCUCCUGUUUCAAAGAUGGCUGUUGAGCGCUCAGUAGAGAUGUUUAACUUACCUAAGUACAUGUUACCGUCUGAAAACCACUAUUGCCUCAUUCACUUCUUCAGCAAGAACCACAAUGCCGUGGCAGUAUUUGUGGCAACAGGUACUAUUGAUAUGAGCCAGCUAUUACUCAGGGUUGCCCUCAAGGCAGUUGCCAGGAAUCCAGAGCUGUUCAAGUUUGGUUUCAAUUAG